AUGGGUAAAGAUAAUGCAACUAAAGCUUUUAAGUAUUUCAAUUUAUCAUUAAAUUGUUCCGAAAAGGAAUUAAAAAAAAACUAUUUUAAUAAAAUAAAAAAUUUACAUCCUGAUAAGCAUUUGUAUAAAAAUAUUUCAAUACAAAAAAAAUAUUCAAAUGAAUUUUUAGAAGCACAUAGACAAUUUCAAAUAGCUAUAUCGUUUUUAAAAAAAAAAAGAAAUGAAAAGGAUAAGUUAAAAUAUGAUCAAGAAGAUAACCCUUUCAAUAAUUUAAAUAAAAAUAAUAGACAAUCAUAUUCGUCUACAAUUUCAUCUUCAAAUUUUUUUUUUAAGAAUAUAAAACUAACAAAAGUAUUAUUUUAUCUAAAAAAAAGUUAUUUUUUAUUUUCAAUUCCAUUUAUUAUAUAUUUUAUAGAAAACAUUAUUGAUACUAAAAAUUGUAAAAAUACAAAUGAUAAAGAAGAUUAUAAUUUUACAAUUAAAAUUAAUAAGGAGAAUAAUAAAAGACAAGAUUCAAAUAUUUUAAGAAAUGAGUUAUGUAAAUCACAUAUAGGAAAUGUUUAUAACGAAAAAAAAGAUGCACUAUCUUUGUUUAAAUUAAGAUAUAUAUUUAAUGUUGUAAAAAUAAGGAAAGCUGAGAAAAAGCCAAAUGCAAAUUAUAUAAAUAGAAAUAUUUUUGAAGAGGAAAAAAAUGAUUUAAAUUAUUUAAAGAAACAAAUAUUAUUUCAAAAUAAAAUGGAAGAUAUAAAUAUUUUUAAGGAUUCAAAAUUUUUGAAUCACAAUAAAAUGUUUUUUGACGAUUUAUUAGAAAACAAAAAAAUAUCAAUGAAUCUAGUAGCUCAUCCAAAAAAUGUUCUCCAAAAUUUUAUCAUAUUUUCAAAAGAAAUUAGUAAUAAAAAUUCCUUUAAUUACAAUAUUAUAAGUUUUUCUAAUUUUAAAAAAAAUAGUAUGAAAAAGGAAGAUAAAGUUAAAAAAAUUAAACAUAAAAAUUCAUUUCUUAAAAAAAAUAUAGAUAAUAAUCCAUUAUAUAAAAAUUUUUUAUUAAGUGAAAAUAGAGGAAUACAUAAUGAAAGCAGAUAUAUUAAUGGAAUAGGUGGAUUAUGCGGUGGUUACAAUUUAAUAAAAGGAGAAAAUGAACAAAUAAACGAAGAAGGAAUCAUAAAAAAAGAGAAAUUUUUAUCGAAAGAUAUGAUUUAUAUGAAUGAAAUCAGAAAUAAUGAAUUAAUUGACGAUUUAAUAAAUUUACAAAAUUCCAUUAUUUAUGAAAAAUCAAAAUACAUAAAUUUUUCAAACCCUCUAAAAUAUAUAAAAUAUAGAAGGGGUAAUAAAAUUAAUUUAAAUAAUUAUUUUAAAUGUAGAAAUUGCAAGAUAAAUUUGAAAGACACUAAUUUUAGAAAUAAUAUAAAAAAACAUACUUUUAAUAAUUUAAAUAAUCAAACAGAAGAUAAAAACUUUAAUUUGUCUCAUUCUCUGGAUAAAAAAAAAAAUUGA